UCUUAUACCGCGAUUUAAGAUGGUAUAUGGUUGCCCGUCGACUACGGUAAAAUGUGUCAGUACAGAAACGUUUCUUCUGAGUACACGUGUUAUAUAUACUUGCUUUUGAUUUUCGAAGCGAUAACUUUCGUUAUGAUAUUACGAUGGAAAAAUCAAGUGCAGAAUCAUCAAACGGUGACGUCAUCGUAACCAACGUCAAGAAACAAAAGAGAACAAACGCCGAACGUCAAAAAGAGUAUCGACAGCGUAAAAAAGAAAAAGAAAAAAUUCGUAGUUCAACAAAUGCAUCAAACGCUCACCGUCAACAAAGUGUCGAAAAAAAACCCCAUGCCCAACGUCAAAAAGCAUAUGAGCAGCGACAAAAGAGUUUGCCAAGUAAAUCACAGGGGUCGCUUUUUGACAAUUUACAAAGUGAAAAAAAUUCAUGCAAAUGCAAAAAGUAUCGAGCUAAAUCGAAUGGGAAAACGUUUGAAGAAGACGAUGGUUCGUCCUCGCACACCGGACGAGCGCCUUCAGAGGAUCACGUCCAGUCCCCUGCACCCGUGUCCGAUUCACACUUGUGAUGACUGAUGGCAACUAUAGGGAGACUCAAACUUGGCUUUCAACGACUUUUUCUGUAAGAAAAAAACGCAUCAGACCGCCAAAACAUUGGUACCGAUAUAACGAAACUGCAUAGAUUGCGUCUUUUCAACUGAGACUAUUUUAGCAGGUAUAUUCCUAGGUAAUACCUCACUGGGCCCAGGUAUAAUAUACCUAGGUAUAUUGCCGACCAAGUUUCCAAACAUAUCCAGUUACACCAGCAACCCGUCUUCGUAUAUAAAACGUGUAUAUAAACGCCUAUUAGCGGGUCCAUAGUACAUUUAAUCGUUUGACAAUAUAUCUAACUUUGGACGAAUUCGUUCCUAUAUAAUGUGUAAAAAUGUAGUUUU